GUCCGUUAACAUCAUCCAUUCCAUGCGCGGCUCGGCGAUUACUCGCUUUCCUACUUCUACGACGUCCCAGGAUACCAAUUCACAAUGCCGCGAGAAGCAGAGCCUUCUCUGAACGAGAAGCAGUUCGUCAUACAAGCGCUCCAAGAAAACCUCCGGCUAGACGGCCGCGAGCUUGACCAGUACCGACCUCUGGAGCUCACGUUUGGCGAUCAGUAUGGCGUCGCCGACGUCACGCUCGGAAAGACGAGGGUCCUCGCCAAAGCGACCGCCGAAGUGACGGUCCCCUACGCCGACCGCCCGCUCGACGGCAUCUUCACCAUCGCGACCGAGCUCAGCCCGAUGACGUCGCCGGCGUUCGAGGUCAACCGGCCGACCGAGACCGAGGUGCUGCUGUCGCGCCUGCUCGAGAAGACGGUGCGCCGCUCGGGCGCGCUCGACACCGAGUCGCUGUGCCUCGUGGCCGGCCAAAAGUGCUGGUCCGUCCGCGUCGACGUACACGUGCUCUCGCACGACGGCAACCUGACCGACGCCGCCUGCUUCGCCGUCGUCGCCGCCCUGCGCCACUUCCGAAAACCCGACACCAGCAUGGAAGGGGGCCGCCUGACCGUCUACACCCCGGCCGAGCGCGAGCCCGUCCCGCUCAGCUGGCUGCACUCGCCCUUCUGCGUCACCUGGAGCUUCUUCGGCGACGAGGGCGAGAUCGCCGUCCUGGACGCCACCUGGCUCGAGGAGCAGGUCCGGGUGGGCAGCUGCACCGUGAGCCUGAACAAGCACGGCGAGAUCUGCCAGAUCGCCAAGCUCGGCGGCACCCCGGUCGACGCCGUCGCGCUGCUGCAGUGCACCAGCGUCGCCCUUACCAAGGUGAAGGAGUUCUCGGACCUGCUGGACAGGAAACUUGCCGAGGACUUCAAGAGGAGGGACAAGGGCGGCUUUAUGGCGGAGCUGAGGGCCGAGAAUGAGAGGUGACGGCGUUCGGAGCA